GGAAAAUUUUUUUUCUUGAUUGUUUGAUUUUGGAAAGGAAAUUUUUUCACUUUUCAUUUUAAUUGUUUAAAAUUAUUGUUUCUUUUUUUAAUUUUGGUGUUUAUUUCUGUUCUCUUUUCUUGUCUAGAAUCAUGUCUGUACCUGGUGGUCAACAAGCUGAAGGAACUGUUACCGUUGAGGAAGAUGCAACUGAAUUGAAGUUUCCUCCAGAAUUUGAAAAUGCUGAGACUCUAUUGACCAGUGAAGUUUGCAUGCUAAUGGAACACAGGAAACAACAGAACGAGGAACGUGAAGAAGAGCAAGAAUUGAAUGAGAUAUUUACCAAAACUCUUAACUAUUGUCAGAGAUUCAGUAAAUUUAAAAAUCGUGAGACAAUUGCUGCUGUACGACAUCAAUUGAUGAAUAAGAAGCUUCAUAAAUUUGAAUUCGCUCAAUUGGCAAACCUUUGCCCUGAAACACCAGAAGAGGCAAAAGCUUUGUUACCAUCGUUGGAAACUCGAUUUACUGAUGAAGAUUUGAGACAAAUUCUUGAUGACAUUCAAACUCAAAGAUCAUUCCAAUACUAAUCAUAUCCAUGAUUCUCAGUCAACAAUUUCAGUGUACAAACCAAAAAAUAAGUCUGAGAGCUUUUUUUUCCAAAUAAAAGCCACCAAGAGCGUUUCCCUUAA